AUGGGAUCAAGAGGGGAAGCUGCGCUGCUCCAACGACAGGGCCAGAAUCUAUACGGCCAAGGCAAUUGGGACGAUGCAAUUAGCGCCUUCACUGAGGCACUCAACUGUCCUGAUGUAGACGUGCUCUCCGUUCUGGAUAAUCGAGCUGCAACAUACACAAAGCUAGUGCGGUAUGACCUUGCUUUAAAGGAUGCUAGGCAUAUGAUCAAGUGCGAUAAGCAAGAUGAGCGAGGGUACCUCCGAUGUGCUAAAGCACUCCUGUUGGAUGGGAAGCCCGAGAAGGCCCUCGAAGUCUAUGCGUACGCGCUAAAAUCUAUACCAAAAGAUAAGCCUGGGCGUCAGGUCGUGGAACAAAUGCAUACGAAACUGAAAGAGAAGUUGGUAUCAAGAUGCUUCGAUCCGUUCAGUGUAUUCCCGCUAGAAAUAGCCAGGAUGGUUGUGGAUUAUUUUGAUUUUAGGCAGAUUGUGGCUAUUUUGCGAGUCUCGAAAGGAUGGGACCGGUUUCUUUCCUCUAUGCGUGAUUUAUUCAUGCGCAUAGAUUUUACCGGAGCCCGCUGCAAGAUUCACUGGUCCUCUGUUCUCGCCUAUAUUCGUCGUUCUAAAGCGAUGCUCACUCAUGCCAUCUUGACAAACCUCACCAAAGCCUCUAUCCAUAGGAGUCUCGAGUACAUCAGCCGUUGUCCCAACCUCCAGCAUCUCGAGAUUCUAUCACCUUCAUCACCAGAAGCCAUUUAUAACCUCUUCAAGGGCUCAAAGAAUCUCAAAAUUCUUCUAGUCUCUGCGCAGACAACAAUCCCGCAAGCAACAAUCACAAAACUAUUAUCUAGUCUGCCUAACCUCCAACGCAUUGAAAUCCACAGCGCCUCCAAGUCCCGCAUCGCAGACACAAACUGGCCAUCAUCCCUUCCUCACCUACAGAGCAUUACCCUGGGAACAACAGAAUCUGGCGUCCUUGAUAAUCAUGUCCCGGCUCUCUACAUCCCUCGUCUGGUCGACCCAUCCAUCCCCCUUCCCAUAUCAAACCUUUCCGAGCUGCGCCUGCACUCAAAUCCGCAGGUCUUCGUUCCUUACCCGCCCUCUUUCAAUCCGGCGAAUUUUGCACGUCUCAAGAAGCUGGACAUCAGUGGUCUCUAUAUCGGCGGUGACUUCGGUCUUCCGCCUAGCCUCGAGUUUCUUCGUAUUCGCGGAGGCGCAGCGCUUGAAGCUCUUCCAUUUGCCACUGCAAAUGCAAGCGAAGAAACUGGGCAGAUUCAACAUCUUGAUCUUCCGAAUCUGACCACGCUUAUAUUUAGCGAUGUCCCCUGGGUAACGCACCUCACACUGCACGCCUUCGUUACAGAAGCAAAAGCGCCCCUGGACGUCUUGCACGUGGACAGCUGCUUUCGAAUCACGGCAGCAUCUCUCUUCCCAAUUCUCCGAGCUGGCUCGCAACUGCAUACGCUAAACGUCGCACACAUAAUGGGGAUUGAAGACUCAACGGUGGCUGUUCUUGUUGAGGGGUUGCGGACGCUAAAAGUUCUCAACCUGUCUUAUACCGAAAUUACGGGCGUUACUAUCAAAGCACUUGUGGAUACGCAAACAGCGGAGGAUAAGGCAAGUGUGGAGUGUGUCUAUGUCAAGGGCUGUGAGAGGAUCUCGUCGGACGCUAUAGAGUAUGGACGGUCUAAAGGUCUGGUUGUUGUUACAUGA